AUGGCCCAGCGAUGGUUCCACAAUCUGAGAAAUAAUUCUAUAUACUCAUACGAUGACCUUCAUCUCAUAUUCAUGAGACAGUUUGCCAGCGCGAAGCGGGUUGGGAAAACACCAAUUUCCUUGAUGGACAUCAGGCAGGAACCACAAGAAACACUUCGGGAAUAUGUGGCACGAUUUAACACAAUCGCGUUAGACAUACCAGACGCCGAAUCUCAGAUUAAGUGGUAUGCUUUCGCUAGAGGGUUAAAACAAGGCCCGCUCUUUGAGGCACUCCAGAUCAAGCCGCCCACUAGUUUCGAAGACAUCAUGACAAUAAUACCGGGAUACCUCCAACUGGAAGACGCUAAAAUGGCAAGAAAGGCAGAGGCCGAUAAGCUCAAACCUAAGAAGCAGGACAGCGCAGACGCUGGAGAAAAAUACAUCCCGAGAAAUCCCUACCGAGGUUUACCUCCCAGGAUCCCAACAAGGGCCAUUGAAGCUGGAGCAGGCUCAUUAAUCACGGCGCAGACAGAGAAGAGGGAAGAGCGCGGGGGUUACCGAGAUGAUUUACAAAAUCCAACUCAAUGGAACCGUCACAUAGACGAAAUUUUCCAUCAGAUCAAAGAAGAGAAUUAUUUCAGAGCUCCAAAGGACUACCAACCCGGAGCCCCAGCCCCAGGCAGGAACAAUUUGUUAUGUGAAUAUCACAAUCGUUACGGUCAUCUCACCCGUGAGUACGGACAUCUGAAACAUCAGCUGGAAAAUUUGGUCAGGAAAGGGUUCCUAGAUCAAUUCAUAGAAAGACCACGAGGCUCAUAUAGAGAGAACCGUUAUGAUGAACGUAGGGAUGAAGAAAACCGUCAAAAGGAAAAAGUAAAAUACCGCAAAGCUAGAGGAAGGAGAGAAGAGAUACCUGGUUAA